GCUAUGUUAUGCAUCUCCUGUCAAAUGAUGGUAGUGCUUUGGGAGUUCCAUCAUAAGGAUGGCAACACGGCCAUCCGGUCAUCGCAGCUUUAUUCGCUGCUUAGUGCUAUAGGAACCAGAGCGCUGAUCAUCCGGGCUUUCAUCGACCAAACCUUGCGGAUAAUAGGCUGACCCAGUAUGCCGCUGACAGAAUUCAUAAUCUCAGUCCUGCCACUUCUCAUUUAGGAUCUUGUACAGAUGUUCGGUUGUACUAUGUGUUACCGAGUAUCAAACCAUCACCGCGGCGCCAGCAUAAAGUAAUGAUUUUGUUUGUCCAAAGAUAGCAAAAAAAAAAACCAAACCGCACACAAGGAGACAACCGGAUGAGCGUUAACAUCUUCUCUUCCCUCGCACUACCCUAAGAUGUCGUCAGUUUCAUUUCUCGUCGACGAUAAAUCUCCUUUGAUACACUACGAUUCUACCUGGGCUGCGGGGAACUCUGGGGAUGACCCUUUAGCGGACCAAUACUUCCGCGGGACGUUCCAGACAUCGAACGUAACAGGGAGCGUCGCUACAUUCUCCUUCAACGGCACGGCCUUCUGGAUAUAUGGUGCUAAAAGAACAAAUCAUGGUACAUAUACCGUGGCAGUCGACGGCGCAAAUUUCGCGGGAAAUACUGGCCUAUCCAACGUCAAUUUGUUUCAACAAGUGCUCUUCAACCAGAGUGGCUUGACACAAGAGUUACAUACGGUAUCGAUUACAAACACUGCCACUGGGAACCUCUACGUUGAUAUCGACAUGGUGACUUGGCAGACCGAAUUUAGCGGGACCCAGCUAGUAACAGAGACGGUCGAUGAUGCGGACCCCAGAUUUGAGUACCAGGAGCCAGCGUGGAACACGAACCCCGCUGGUAUAAACCUGUUCAAUAAUGGGACUGGACACUCCACGAGUGUUAGUGAUGCCAGUGUGACCUUGACAUUCACAGCCGAAUCUGUGAGCAUAUUUGGCACUGUAGGCCCUGGCAAUGGUCUGUAUUCUGCCACUCUCGACUCUCAAAAAACUAUCCAGUACAAUGCUACAACAUAUUUGACUUUCUAUGAAGUCAUGCUUUAUCAUGCAGACAAUCUUGGCCCUGGUCAGCACCAGUUGACCCUCGUCAACCUGCCUGAAACAAUUGGACAGACGCUCAAUAUAGACUAUGCACUACUUACAUCAAGCUCCAAUUCCUCCAGUUCGUCGGGAAGUCCGACAUCUGGUUCUGGCGGUUCCUCAGGAACUUCAACUUCAAGCGUCGAUGAGGUUUCAACUUCAACACGUUUAGGUUCUGGGGCUAUUGCAGGUAUUGUCGUAGCUGUCGGUGUGGCUCUCUGUGCAUCGGCAGCUGCGUUCUUCUUUUAUUGGCGGUGGAAAUCGGCACAUGCAGCAUCGCAGGACUUGUAUCGGAUUCGUACACCUCAACAUUCCCCAGAAAAUGCUAAUAUGGGCGCUUCUUCCUCAGUGGAGACGAGAAGUAAUGCUAGCCUUGUCAGACAAGAAGACACCUUGUCCCGAGGCACUUCAUGGCAGUCAUAUCAACAGGCAGACUAUGAUUCUCAGAGAUCGUCUCGUACUGCAAAUAGACUACAUGCCCCUAAUCCUAGCAUGCCUACUGUAGAUGAAGUCGAAUAUCCGGUUGAUGAGUCAGGAACUUCACGUCGCCCUCUACCUGACGCUCCAGGUACUCGGCAAAAUAUAUUCCAGCUGCCAGUGCCCGAUGAUUCAAUGGGCAUCUCAAAGGCCUCACCAGUGCAGCGUCGCGCAUCAAUGCAAACGGCUUCUACAAACAUUGGGGAUAUCCCGCCCCCUCCCGAUUACAUGCAAGCUACCAGGUGAUCCACCUAGGUCCCUUUAGUAUUUUCCCAUAAAUGCACCGUAUGUUUUCAUCCUAACUAUGUCAGUGGUAAUCUCUAUACCCGGGAUCUAGACAGUAGCCUACAAUACUGCACAUUUCUUACUUAUUCACGUCACUACUAAGUUACAGUCUUACACAACUUAUCUUCAUACCGGACGUGGUGCAUGUGAUGUCUCGAAGUCCUGAUUCUUCUUGACUACAUAGUACAGACUCACUUUAUGUAAAAAAUAUAUCAGCUGUUAUAUAUUGGUUCAGUUACUUCAGGAUCAAAA